CGUUAGAGUCGACCUUCGACUCGACGUUCAAAGACUUUAUUAAUUAUUCAUUGCGAGUAAUAAAAAGGGGAGCUUUUUUAUACGAUUUAUAACUAGAUACUCUCAGCUUUCUUAAGAUAUAAAAACAUAUAGGGUGUAUACAAAAAUUAUUGCUGAAAAACCCUUCUGAAACUGAACAAGACCAUUUUAGGCACCGACCUGAAGAAAACGUUAUUUCAACCACUUCCUGUGGGGCAAAUCACACGUUUUAUACGUCAUUAGAAAAUAGAUAAAAGGGGCUUUCCAACGGUGUAAAGAACAUAUACAGGGUGUCCCUCGGGCCUUCGUUAUUCCACCUCCUUUUUCAACUAAUAAUAAAUACAAUGAUAUUAUUAUCUCGCUUUCGUAUGCAAAACACUUUCUCUCAUGUGAGACUGAUUAUUCGACUGGACCAUCGGGUAAAACGAGUUUCGCACGACCCAACAACAGUCGUCGCCGAUUUCGCCGUUUCGGUUAUUUUUUCAAGGGCCCGCACGUGACCGACCACCUGGAAUAAAAGAUUCUACUGCCCUCUGAAGAGCCUAAAAAACGAACCAGCAUGGACCCCUUGAUGAACCUCAGUAGCUUCAACUUCACCGCCGAUACCACUGCCCCCCAUCAACCGUUUUACUUCGUUCAAAUCUUCCAGACGAUCCUGUUCUCCCUGGUGUGUAUCACCGGGAUAGCAGGGAACACAUUGGUGAUCUACGUCAUCCUGCGCUACUCCAAGAUGCAAACGGUCACGAACAUGUACAUAGUGAACCUGGCGAUUGCCGAUGAGUUCUUCCUGAUCGGCAUACCGGUGCUGAUCGCUACAAUCUUACACGGCCACUGGGUGUUUGGACAUUGGGCCUGCAAGGCCUACAUGAUCACCACAAGCAUUAACCAGUUCACUAGCUCCAUCUUGUUGUGCAUCAUGAGCGCUGACCGCUAUAUCGCAGUCUGUCAUCCGAUAUCGGCACAAAGUUGGCGCACCCCCUUCAUCUCCAAGAUCGUGUCCUGUUUCGCGUGGUGCUGCAGCAUCCUGCUGAUGGUCCCGAUCAUCGAACACGCCCAAGAAAUCGUCGGACAAAAUGGGAAAUCGUCGUGUGUGAUCAUUUGGGGCGGGGACGCUGACACUUUCGUCACGGGCAACAGUACCAACGGCACCAACAUGGAUCUACCGCUGGACGAGCCCGAUUCUUGGCCCGCCUUCAUUUUCACCAUUUACACUUUCGUGUGCAGUUUCGCGAUCCCUUUACUGCUGAUUUUGAUCUUCUACUGGCAAGUGCUGAGGAAACUGAAGACGGUGGGACCGAAGAACAAGUCGAGGGAGAAGAAGAGGUCCCAUAAGAAGGUGACCAAUUUGGUGUCCUGCGUGGUGGUGGUUUAUAUCGUUUGUUGGACCCCUUACUGGGUCACUCAGUUGGCCAUCAGGGAUAACGAGCACGUCACGUUAAACAUAACCCUACACCUGCUCGCCUCCUGCCUCAGCUACUUCAACUCGGCAGUAAAUCCGAUCCUGUACGCCUUCCUCAGCGACAACUUCAAGAAGAGUUUUUGGAAGGCGUGCACGUGCGCGGGCAACUCUGACGUCAACGCCGCCCUCCAUUUGGAGAACAGCGUGUUUCCCAGGAAGUCCAAGCACUCCUCUGACAGGUAUCGGCCCACGAGGAAUACCUCCGUAUGUCCGAACUUGGAGGACGAAGGGGAGACGCCACUGGUGAAGGUGGACCCCUCGACCUCCACGACCGCCCUCACCAUGACCAGUCGCGUGAACAUCAACAAUUUGGGCGGGAGUAGGGACAGUGUGAGUUUAAAAAACGGGAAUACCCAUCAGCAACAGUCGCAGCCCACCAGUCUGUAAUAAACGUCACGGGGUAUCGGUGGGUGUAUUUUGAGGAUUUCGGUGCGUUUUUGUAGAACCGACGCCCUCGGAGAUGUUCGGGGGUCUUCGGUUUGUUUUGAGGAUUUUACUGGUGUGUCGAUGUAGGCGCCCUCUAGUGUGUGAAUUUUAUUUUUACCAUUGUUUUUUUUUAAUGUAAAUAAACGAAACUACAGGGUACCUUUUAUGUAAAUAAAAAAAUUUAGCUGCACAGGGUGGAUCUCCUGGGGAAAAAUUUUUGUUGGAAAAAGUCAGGGUCGCUAAGAGGCAUAUAGUUAAAUAAUUUUUUGCUUAGUGGCACUUUCAUUUAGACCGGAAGUGGGGGCAAACUUCCUUAUUUUAAAUGGGAACCCUAGUAUUUUUUUACAUAUUCGGAUUCUACGUGAAAUUCUAAGAACUUUGAGGGGCCACAUGCCAUACUUUGGUUCAACGGUUCUCGAGAUAGCAUACCUGUCAAAUUUUGACACUCAACUGUCAAAAUUUUUAAAGAAAAUAGGUACUAAAAAAUAAUUUAUAUUAUAAAUAGUGUUGGCCUGAGAGGCCUAAAAACUUAAAAAAAUACGUCAUUUUCAACCGUUAAUAUCUCAAAAGCUAUCGAACGAAAAUAUAUCGUGUGACCCCUCAAAUUUCUUAGAAUUUCACGUAGAAUCCGAAUAAGUAAAAAUCUACUUAUGCUCCCAUUUAAAAUAACGAAGUUCACUCUAUUUGUGGCCUAACAGGAAGCAGGUUCAACUCAACAACAAUGUCCCCAAGUAGCCCGAGAAUUCCCUAAACUUUUUUCAUCAAUAACUUGUCCUCAUCAAGCGUUUCGCCCUGUAUAUAAGAGGUCCAGUGUGGUUUUAGAGCGAGCCCAUAAGACCCCACUGAACAAUAAUUAUAUAAACGACUAUAUAUGUGUUAAAGUGUGCCCUUUUGACCCUUUUUAACAUAUCACUUGUGACGUCAAAAGGGCACCCUUACAAACUAAAUGUUAUAAAUUAAAAAAAAAUUGUAUUAAUUUGAGUUUCAACCUGUGAUAUUAACAUACACAUAAUAUUUUUGAUUCAACGAUAAUAAAUAAAUAAAUAAAUUCGAA